AGACCGGAUUUCACUUAACGAAUCCCUCGAUAUAUACAUUUUGUUGUGUAUGGAUGGAUACUGCAUUCGAAGAUUUAUGCAUAACUGAUGAAGACAGAAAAAAUUGGAGUAGAAUGGAUAAGAGGAAGAAAACCGACCAAGAAGACAAUGGCGUCGACCGAGAGUUCAUAUCCAAAAACCUCGAGGCUGAAAGAAGGAGGCGAAAGAAACUCAACGAUAGACAGCUCGAGCUCCGCUCCUUAGUCCCGAUUAUCACAAAUAUGAACAAAGCAACCAUAAUAACCGAUGCAAUCGCUUACAUUGAAGAGCUGAGAAAUUCCGUCGAAGAGCUUACUGACCAAAUACUCCAAAUGGAGGCCACCGACGAAAACAGAAACACCAAAAAUGAAGACAUUAAUAUUAAUGACGACGACCACCCGAUGAAAAUCGCGCAGGAAGUUGAGGUAAACCACAUUUGCGGGACGAAGAUAUGGAUAAAGAUUAUCGUCCAGAAGAAGAGAGGAAGGCUUACUAAACUAAUGGAAGCAAUUAGUGUGCUUGGAUUUCAUCUCAUUGAUAUCUGCAUUACUACCUCACAACAAGCCAUUCUUUUUACUUCAUCUGCAGAGGGAGUUCAUGGUGGAGUGCAGGAUGCUGAUCAGAUAAAAAAGUUCUUGUUGGAUAUUAUAAGGAGCAUUUAGAGAAAUUAAUUAUAUUCAGUUAUUUUAUAUAUACACCAAUUGAUCUCUGUACCUAAUUCAGCACGGUAACCAUACUAUUACUGUCAACUAUAAAUUAUAUU